AUUUCACGUUUCCUGUUGGGGUGUUGACACGCUGGGGGUGUGUUGAUGUCACUAAUCUGGGAUGUGUCAACAGGUGUCUUUUGUUUGGGCUGUUGAAUUGUUUUGUAAUGGAGCCUUUGGGUGGCAAUUCUCAGGUUUAUUUGAUAAACUUUCUGAUCCAUGAUGAAUGACAAGUCCCCUACUGUGGAGAACACGGCGGCAGGGUCUGAAUGUUGCUGAAACCCAACAUGUUCGGUGGCAUGCUUAGCACCAGAAGACAGGACACAGGCUCUGGUUCAGGUCAAAAAGAGUCUGCCAGACCACUUCACUCCCUACCCCACAAGAAACUGUGAAAGUGAGGUAACAUAUAACCUUGUCUCCCAGGAUACUUUUCUUAAUUAUAGAUCACCCAACUCAACUCUCUCCCCCCCUGUGCUGGUAUAAUUGGUGGGGGCAACUUAUGUUUUCUUUGUCAGUAUUUUUUUGCCCUACACCAUAGGACUAUAAACAACAAAUGGGAAAUGAGAACUCACAAAUCUCUAGAGGAAGAAAAUAUUAGAAUCUUUGUAUCUCUCUCCCCCUCUCUGGCAACCCCUCUUUUUAUUAUUAGCCUACCCCCUUUGUUUUAUUUCUUAGAUAAAGACAAUUAUGGCAAAGAGUUCCCAAGACUUGAGCUCUAGGCUCUUCCACUGGACUAAAAAGGUUAGUAAUGAGGAUGAAGAAAUUUGUCCAACCAUCAAGUCCUGUUCUAGUAUUAGCGACGAGCAAAAAUCGAAGGAUGCAUUGCAGGUGCGGGCUGCAGAAUCUCGAAUUUCACUGUCAUUUACAAGAAAAAAACUGCAAGCUAUUGCAGCAUCCCGGGUGCACUCAGUUAUUACAGCUUUUGCUAAGAACCGGGCGCACUUACAGCAGGGCCUUGGAGCGAGAGUGGUAGGCACCCUUUUUGGAUGUCGUCGAGGACAUGUGCAUUUUGUGUUUCAGAAAGAACCAAACUCCACACCAGCCUUCUUGAUUGAACUUGCUACGCCAAUAACCGGGCUGGUACAUGAGAUGGCAUCUGGAUUGGUUCGGAUUGCACUGGAAUGCAGCAAGGAAGAGAACGUGGAGAAGAGAAGAUGCCGAUUAUUAGAGGAACCAACGUGGAGGACUUUCUGUAACGGGAAGAAAAGUGGGUUUGCAUCGAGGAAGGCAUGUGGUCCGAAAGAGUGGAAAGUUUUGAAAUCUCUUAGGCCUAUUUCAAUGGGGGCUGGUGUUCUACCAGCUGGAAAUGUAGGAGAAGGGGAAGGAGAUGAGAUAAUGUAUAUGAGGGCAAAUUUCGAAAGAGUUGUGGGUUCUAGAGAUUCAGAAGCGUUUUACAUGAUGAAUCCUGACAGUCAUGGAGCUCCUGAACUUAGUGUAUACUUGCUCAGAGUCUAAGCACUCAUGCCAUGAAAUGUCUGUCUUCAUCUUUUUAUGUUUUCUUCAUCAAGGAUUGAAUAAGGUCUUUUAUGUUCUAUCUUUUUCUUCUUUACUGCUGUGGUAGCCAGAAAUUGUAAAUUACUUUGUUUCAAAUUUGUAUGGGUAAUGGGAAAUAUUUAUUAUUUA